UUGGAAGCAAUAUCUAUAUCUUUUUGUUGGGUUACAAUUUGAGUAGUAACUCAAAGCCAUGGCUCUCUAUGGAAAGUUGGAGACUGAGGUAAAAAUCAAUGCUUCAGCGAAAAAGUUUCAUGAAAUACUUCAUCAAAGACCUCACCAUAUGUCCAAUAUCUGUUCAGAUAAAAUACAAAGUGUCGAGUUACAUGAAAGCGAAUGGGGCAAAGCUGACACUAUCCUCAAUUGGCGCAUUAUUCUUGAUGGAAGAGUUCACAAGGCAAAGAAGGUAAUUGAAGAUGUUGAUGAGGAGAAGAAUUCAUUCACAUGGAGAGUGGUAGAGGGAGACCUCUUAGAGCUCUACAAGAGCUUCAAAAUUAAAGUCCAAUGUAUCCCAAAGGAUGAGGGAAGUGUAAUUCACUUUACUUUGGAGUAUGAAAAGCUGCAUGAAGGAAUUCCAGAUUCACAUACUUUGCUUCAGCUUUGUGCAGAGGUCACCAAAGACAUUGAGGCUCACCUUAUGGGAAACAAUAAUGAUGUUUGAGCCAUUGGUUAAGGCAUGGUGGUAUCAAUAUAUUAUGGAAUAAUAAUUGGCUAUUACUAUGUUCUA